GCCGUGGUGUAGGGGCUGUGGCGGUGCGGGUGGACCCAGUGCGGUGGCUGCGGUUGCUGCGGGGCUGACGAGAAACUACUAAAGUUCCUGUGGACGCAAAGUAGAAUUUCAUAAGAACAUAAUGGUUCCCUACUUUUGGGAUUGCGUGAGGAGUGAGGUCUUUCAUGACUCAUUUAAAUUUAGAUUUGUCUGAGUAUUUCCUCCUGAGUAGAUUCAGAUUAAACAUUUUUGGCAGCGGUAGUACAUGGAGAAGAGAAAACCUAUGGUGGCUGUGAGGGCCCUGACGCCAUGUAUGUCAAAUUGAUAUCUUCGGAUGGUCAUGAAUUUAUUGUAAAAAGAGAACAUGCGCUGACAUCAGGAACAAUAAAAGCCAUGUUGAGUGGCCCAGGUCAAUUUGCUGAGAACGAAACAAAUGAAGUCAAUUUUAGAGAGAUCCCUUCACAUGUGCGGUCAAAAGUAUGCAUGUAUUUUACCUACAAGGUUCGCUACACUAACAGCUCCACGGAGAUUCCUGAAUUUCCAAUUGCACCUGAAAUUGCACUGGAACUGCUGAUGGCUGCAAACUUCCUAGAUUGUUAAAUAAAAUAAAUUAUAAUAAACUGUUAA